GCUCUCAAAACUCAGAAGCCCUGCGGUCUUAAAUAGCAAAAAUGAGUUUGAUGAAAAAAGUGCAUGAAAAGAUUAUAGGAUUAGGCCGAAAAAGGGAGAGGAGGUUUCUACGAAAUACAUCGAUGGAUGUGCUUAAAUACGUUAUCAGUGAUAGUAAUUUACCAUGGUGGACAAAGCUUUACUUUACUAUCAUUUUCGCUUUGGUGGUACUUGUGGCCGUAAACCUGGCAGUUGGAAUUUAUAAUAAAUGGGACAGCACCCCGGUAAUUAUAGGAAUUAGUUCUACAAUGACUCCGAUUAACCAAAUUCCAUUUCCGGCAAUAACGGUAUGCAAUAUGAACCAGGCCAAAAAAUCGAAAGUUCAGCAUUUGAAGCCAGGAUCCCUGGGAUAUGCCAUGCUUCAAAAAACUUGUUAUAAGGAAACUAAUUACUCACAAUACAUGGAUGUUCAUCAUAAAAACGAAACUUUUCCAAAUUUCAUAUUAGAUAUUUCAGAGAAGUGCUCGGAUUUAAUAGUGUCCUGUACUUUCAAUCAACAAAAAAUACCAUGCACCGAUAUAUUUAGGGAAAUAUUCGUUGAUGAGGGCUUGUGCUGCAUUAAUUUUUUGCAUCCGUAUUAUUUAUACAAAUUCAAAUCCCCUUACAUUCGGGACUACACUUCAUCGGAUAGGUUUGCAGAUAUCGCCGUAGAUUGGGAUCCAAUAACUGGUUAUCCACAGAGAUUACCCUCCAGCUAUUAUCCUCGACCGGGAGUUGGAGCUGGUAUUACCAUGGGUCUGCAAAUUAUUCUCAACGGUCAUGUUAACGAUUAUUUUUGUUCUUCCACUAAUGGACAGGGAUUCAAAGUACUACUGUAUAAUCCGAUAGACCAGCCUCGCCUGAAGGAGUCUGGAUUACCCGUGAUGAUUGGGCACCAAACAAGUUUUCGCAUUAUAGCUAGGAGUUUCGAGGCUCUACCUACCAUAAGGAACAUUCACAGGACGAAACGGCAAUGCCUUUUUAGUGACGAAAAAGAACUGCUUUUUUAUCGCUAUUAUACCAGACGAAAUUGCGAAGCAGAGUGCGACUCCUUGUUUUUUCUGAGACACUGUAAUUGUAUUCCCUAUUAUCUGCCACUUGUUUAUCCAAACGCCUCAAUAUGCGAUGUGGUUCACUUUGAAUGUUUGAAUAGUGCCGAGUCACAGAUUUUCGACGUAAUGAGUUCGCAAUGCAAAGAUCUUUGCCUGACCAGCUGCCACGAUUUAAUUUUCUUUCCCGAUGCUUUUACCACACCAUUUAGCCAAAAAGACGUCAAAGCCCAGAACAGUUACUUUAAGAACUUUUCAAGUGAUUAUAUUAGAAACAAUUUGGCGGUUGUAAACUUCUUUCACACCGACAACUAUUUUAGAAGCAGCGUGAGAUCCGCGUAUACGGGACCAACUGAAUAUAUGGCUUUAACUGGUGGCAUAAUGAGUCUAAUGAUUGGAUUUAGUGUAAUCUUCAUUGCCGAGAUAAUAUACCUAAUUUUCUUUAUUCUAACGAUUUUAAUUCUGUUAAUGUUUUAA